AUGAUUCUCGGUAACUUACUUGUAAUUACUUACGGGAUGGUCCCGGGAUUUUCUAUCCUCGAGGAUGCCGACAUUGGAAUACCUGCCGAUGAUGCCCUAUGGGAAGCAAAGACAGUGUCGGACUGGGAAACUCUAGCGGCAAAUAAACCGCUGUCAUCCCAUCUAGGUCUUCGCGAGGCAACUUCCGCUAUCUUUGGUCAGACGCCUCUUGAAAAGAAGUCAGAUGUCUGUUGGGAGUGGUCGCCGUUCGCUGCCUCGGUGGUAAUGCACAGCGUUGCUAUCGCUAUCUGGUACCUUACUCAAGGGCAGCAAGUAUGCCACAGCGCGAUCCGUAACUCAAAGGAGAGGCACGACGCAACCCAAAUUGCGGCAGCUCUCUCCAGAUGUCGAGACUUGCUCGCAGGAGUUGCAGACGCGCACACUGGUACCGAGGGUACUUGGAACGAAGCCGAAAGCCCCCUGCUGUUCAAUGCAUUUGCCAUAUUACGCGUCUCGUACGGGAGGGCAUUCAUCAGGUUCCAUUCCCUGGACCGCUCUCUACUGUUCAAGGAGAGUAGUCAGGUCAUGCUGUCGAUCUUGAGACGCUAUUUCGAAGCUGUACAAGAUCGAGACCCCUUUAUGACCAUGGCUACAGCUGCUUUCAAGUGGAGUGUAGAACACGCCUUAGCAAGCUGGGAUGCCGGUCUACUUGUCACGAAAUGGUUAUACGCUGUUGAAUGUUCAUAUCGGACGAACGAACCUGUCACACCCGAGGAGAAGCAGGUCUUGGACAGCGUCAGGCAGCUCUUGAGCGAAGUUGACAGCCAGAAAUCUCAACACUUGUCGCUUGCUGCAGAGCUGGCCCGUAUGUGGGCUAGUAUCUACGACGACACGUGGGUUUGGGGAGUUGCACCACGGAUCGGCUGGGUUCUCCGGGAACUUGCCAAUAUGUAUGAAACUGGCAUCGUUGCUGUAUGA